UGCCUUCUGGUUUCUUGCGACCAGCUGACUCUCGUAAUCUAGUUCAGUCUGAAAAUUACGCGGCUUGUCGUUCAUGUUACUCUCGGAAUUACUGAAAUAACAUACUUGUAACCAAAGCCGCUUAAAAAUUUACGGAUUGAUAUCGGUUGUUUAAUCAAUAUGGUGCCUUGGAAUUUAACGUAACUCUUUAAAGAAAGUCAAAAAUUAUAUCUUGUGAUCUUUUUAAACUUGAAGUUUACGUGGCAAAAGAAUUGUGGUGAAAAAAAAAUCGUAUAGUUAUUUGUUACUACACUUCCGUGAACACUCAGGAUUAAAAGAUACAUUUAGUGACUACCUAUGUGGAAUUAUUAUAAUAUAAGAAUAUAGUGGAAUACGCUAUGGUUCAACCAGUGAACCUGAAUGGCAGUGGUAAAGUGAGCAUUUCGGAUUUUGAUUUGCUGAAAGUAUUAGGAACUGGAGCUUAUGGUAAAGUCUUCCUUGUGAGGAAAGUUACUGGAAAUGACCGUGGGAAGUUGUAUGCUAUGAAAGUAUUGAAAAAAGCGACUAUUGUAUCAAAGCCAAAAACACUGGAACAUGCUAAGACUGAAAGACAAGUGUUAGAAUCCAUCCGACAGUCUCCUUUUCUUGUCACUCUUCAUUAUGCAUUUCAAACCGAUUCCAAAUUACAUUUAGUCCUUGAUUACAUAUCUGGAGGUGAAUUGUUUACCCACUUAUAUAACCGAGAAUGCUUUAAAGAAGAUGAAGUUAGAUUAUAUAUUGGUGAAAUUAUUCUUGCGUUGGAGCAUUUACACAAGCUUGGGAUCAUUUAUCGUGAUAUCAAACUGGAAAAUAUUUUGUUAGAUGCUGAAGGUCAUAUUUUACUUACUGACUUUGGAUUGAGCAAGGAAUUUCUGCCUCAUGAAAAGGACCAAAGAACGUAUUCAUUUUGCGGUACCAUUGAAUAUAUGGCACCAGAAGUGAUAAAAGGAGAUGAUGGCCAUGACUUUUGUGUUGACUGGUGGAGUGUAGGUGUGUUGACUUAUGAACUUCUCACAGGUGCCUCACCUUUUACUGUUGAAGGUGAAAAGAACAGUCAAAGUGAAAUUUCUAGGAGAAUCUUGAAAUGUGCACCCCCUCCUAUUCCAGAUCACUUAUCAAGUGAUGUUAAAGAUUUUAUUAAACGGCUACUCGUUAAAGACCCCAGAAAGAGGUUAGGAGGAGGUGUAACAGACAGUGAAGAGUUAAAACAGCAUAGGUUUUUUAAGAAUUUGAAUUGGAAAGAUGUUGCUGAAAGAAAAAAUAAGGGUCCAAUCAUUCCUGUUAUUGUGGAUGAGUUGGAUACCAGCAAUUUUGCUUCAGAAUUUACUUCCAUGACUCCUAUAUAUUCUCCUGCUGCUGUUCCUCCAAACAAUGAUAAGCUAUUUAAGGGUUAUUCUUUUGUUGCUCCUUCUGUUCUGUUUAGUAGAAACGUCAUUAGCGAUGACAUAUUUGGGUUUCCUGAUAGACCUGACAUAUCCAAAUUAUUGGCAGCAAAAUUUAAGAAUUCUGCUUUCUUCCAAAAAUAUGAUCUCGUUAUGAAAGAGGGAAUCUUGGGCGAUGGUAGCUAUUCUGUGUGCAGGAGAUGUGUUGAUAAAAGCACACGCAUUGAAUAUGCAGUCAAAAUUAUCAGCCGUUGCAUUGAUAGUUCCAGGGAAAUAUCUCUGCUCAAACACUGCCAAAGCCAUCCCAAUAUUGUUCAACUUCAUGAAGUGUUUCAUGAUGAGGCUCAUACGUACAUUGUAUUGGAAUUACUUAAAGGAGGUGAGCUUUUGGACAGAAUUCGAAAGAAAAAUAAAUUCACAGAAUUGGAAGCUGGGAAGAUUGCUCGUCAACUAGUUUCUGCAAUUAAUUUCAUGCAUUCUCGAGGCAUUGUUCACAGAGACCUUAAACCUGAGAAUUUGCUUUAUGUGGAUUCAUCUGACAAUUCUAUCAUCAAAAUAGUAGAUUUUGGCUUUGCUCGUAUCUUGCCAACAGGAAAUCAGAAAAUGGUAUCGCCUUGUUUCACACUGCAAUACGCUGCUCCAGAAGUUUUGAAACAGACUGUAUGUGGUACAAGCUCUGGUUAUAAUGAAGCCUGUGAUUUAUGGAGUUUAGGCGUUGUUAUGUAUACUAUGCUAUCUGGUAGAACACCUUUCCAGUCCUAUAGUCAAGACACUAGUGCUGCUGCCAUCAUGCAAAGAAUUCGAGAAGGUGAAUUCAAUUUUGUUGGGCCACAGUGGGAUGUUGUGUCAUCAGAAGCCAAGAAUUUGAUUCGUGGACUUCUGACCGUGGAUCCUCGCCGCCGAUUCACUAUGCAACAACUAAGGCAACAUCCCUGGAUCCAAGGAGUCAAUCCCGGUGUUUACUCCACCACUCCGCUCAUGACCCCUGAUGUCCUCUGUUCCUUGUCAACACCAAGGGCUGCAGAAAGUGCUGUCAAUGCCACAAUGGUCGCUUUUCAUAUAGUAACAAAAGAAGGGUUUCGUCUGCAAGAUGUUUCUGCUGCACCUCUUGCACAACGUCGGAAACAGAAAAAGAGCUCAACUGAUGUCGGGAGCAAUUCGUCGCUCAGCAGUGACAUGUCAUCCAACAGGACUUCCACUUCUUACUCGUCCUCAGAAAGAGAGACAUACAAUAGGACGAUGAAAGACAAGAAUUCGUUUUUUGACUACUCUGAAGCGAGGGUUGCUGACUACUUAUCAACUUUGCCCGACCUAGCCAAGACAGAACCAAUCCACGGUUCGGUCACUUGGCCCACGUCCAGUAAAGAUGUGAAGUGCCCUCCUGAAGAAACAUUUGGCCAGCACAGACCAACAACACGUUCCUACAAACGCAAGCAAGACAACACUCCUGUUGUUGCAUCACCUCAGAAAGAUGAUGAUUGUGUGAUCAUUGCUGAAACUCUGGCAACACGACCACAUUCUAGAAAAGUUAAGAAAGCAAAAGUUAUUUUGACCUGUUGACAGAUUUUGUACAUAGAACAUUUAAAAAGAAAAACUGCCUUUUCAUCAAAUCAUUGUAUGAGAGCUUUUUUAUACUUUUCUCAGUCUCUCCGUUGUAACUAAUAAUCAUCUUUCUCUUCAUUAAUUUAUUAUUUUUUUUUGUUAUUAUGAUUUGAAAAAAGUCUUCUGUGCAUUUUUGAUCCAUGUUUUGAUAAUUAAGAAUUGCAGAUGGAAGUUUACCAUUGUGUUAAUUUUUUACAUACCUUCCAACUGUGAUGUUUCAAUUCUAUUUUUCCCAAAAAGGUCUUGCAAAAUCCAACUUAUCUUUUUUUCAGUGUAAAGACAUUUAUGUGGUAUUCUUUCCUUAUCUAGCUUAAGAAAGAAUAUUUAGUUAAAAUUGCUAUUUCAUAAGUAUUUUUUAUAAUCCGAGUGGAUGAAAAUGCAGUUUUUAUAUUUAAAGCCAAUAUAAAAUGUGUUAAUGUGUUAUCAUUUACUAAUGAGUCUUUCAAAAGAUGUUUACAUCAUGAGUGGAAUAUUAAUAUAUUGAUUAUUUAUUAUAGAGUGGUGAUUCUAUUCCUUCAUUAUAAGUGCCUCAAAAUAUAUUUUGCACAUAGAAUGUAGAGGUAGUAUUUGUGAAAGUGAGAAAGCUAUGUCUGUGUGAAUUUCUUAUGAAAUGAAUGAAAAUAGUUAAUAUUUAAUUGAACAAUCAAUAUUGAGCAGUUUAACAACAAAUUGCUGUUACUUUACUGCGGAAGGAUUGAGAAGUUACUGAAUAUGCUAUUUAAGUUAUAUGAGAAUUACAAUUAUUGAAUUAAAAAUUUUCAACAACAAAAAUGAACUAAAUUUCCUUUAUUCCUUGACUUAAAAAUGUUGUUUGACAUUAAAAGUGAAUUCUAUUGUUAGCCAAAUAGAUAAAGUUCCUGAUUUUGUUAUUCAUUCCUGAAACGGAUAGUAGUACUUUUCAUGGAUAUUUUCAUCACUUAAGUGGUCUCUCAAUAAUUCGAGAUAUUGUACCAGAGGAUUCUCAGAUUAAGCAAAAUGCCAGAUAAAUGGCGAUUCAAUAAAAGGUGCAUUUUAAUAACAAACCUACUUUGAUUAUAAGAAGGAAUACUGUGUAACACGUAUUAUAAAAUUUAAUUUAACAUGGGCAGCAAUUUAUUAUUUUAACUUAUGCAAUUAUUUAUAACAUUGCCUUUUUCAAUUAUACUCCACAUUCUCUAUUUUGAAUAUGCCAAUUCCUGUAGCAGUUAGUUGGAUUAUAGAGAGGCCACUGUGUGUCAGAAAUCUGGAUUAUUAGUUAAGAGACUGGAUUUAUAUUCUGUUGAAUUACUAAACAUUGAAAUACAAUAUAGUAGUUUUGAAUGAACUGAAGAAUAUGCAUGAUGAGAGCUCAAAAAUUUGAAUUGACCAACAUUGUGAUGAGGAAACAAAAUUCUAGCUAGUCCAGAUUUUUGGCAUGAUACAUUUGUUUUUUUGCUCAUGCUUCAAAUUAUUGUGAGAAGAAAAACUUAAUUAAUUGAUUUCUAUUGUAUGAUGCUUUCUUAGAAUUCCAUUAGCUUCAUAUUUUUGAUUUUUCUCAUUUGAUUUAAAAUUUAACUGCAUCCUGGAGUUCAGUGUCAAAAUGCUCAUUUUUGCAAAUCUCCAAGUCGAAAUUGUUUUAUAAUGCACAAUAUAUUUCAAGUUUAUUUCUGCCAUUAAAUUCUGUUUAUUAAACAUAUAUUUUCAAUAGUAUCGAUGCUAGUCAGAAAUGUUGGUUUAAAGCAAAUAGACGACAGAAAAUUAAAGAUAAUAUUUUUCAUUUUGUUAUAGUAUGACUGCAAAAGUACAUUAAAUAAAUUGGGUAUGAAUUUAAUAUUAAAAGCAGAUAUAUUUAUGAAUUGUUAAUUUUAUUUAAAUUUUGGGUGACUGAUAGUCAGGACUUAGCCAAAUUGACCAAAGGAUUCAUCAUACCCUUACCACCUGCUGAAAGUGAUUAUUAAACACUUGCCUUUGGUCUAGGUAAUUAUCCUAGUCCAAAUCUGAUAUAAAAAUAAUUAUAUAUCUAUAUAUACAUUGUAUAUAGUAUGUGUAUGUGUGAAUGAUGCAGUUAAGUUAUCUGAACAUGUGAUAAGGGGAAGUUGUUUAUAAAACAAUACUUUCCAUGAUUAGACCGUUGACAUUUUUAUUUAUUAACAAAGAGGGUAUUUGGCGCUGGUAUAGAAACAGAAAAGAAACAGCUUUAUGUUUCAUUGUAUGCAUUUUUCUGUGUGCUGUGUUUGAUCUGAAAGUUGUAUGCGAAUUGUAUGCAUGGAAGUGAUUCCUUUAAAAUGUUCUUCAUUCUUGGUAAUGCCAUUUAAAAUGUGAAAAAUGACGUGAAUAAAUUGCAUUAACCAAACUUAUAAAUACUAAUAUAAAAUUAGUUUAUUUAUAUUUAUGAAAAAAAAGCAUUUAAUUUAUUGAUUGCAGAAAGGGUUAUUAAUUUCUGAACAGUUAGGAAGAAAAAAAAAUCAUAUCCAUGUUCUACUUUUAUAAUAUAUUUUUGUUCUUCCCCGUAUAAUUUUUCUUCACUUAAUAACUGCUGCAAUCUCUAGAAUUCAGAUUUUUUGAAGAAAUCCUUAAAUUCACUAUCUUGAGCUUAGAUUUGAAUUAUAUUUCGUAUCGUGUCUACAGUGAACAAAAAAUGUUUGUGUGAUUAAAUAUAAAUAUUUAAAAAGAAUUAGAUUUUUUAAAAUUUGAUGUGUUGAUUUUUUUUGUUGCACCAAAUUUUUUUUCUGUAUGUAAAAAUAUAAAAUGUGUUAAUCAGUUUUCUCACCCCCUCCCCCAAUUUUUGUUAUGAAUGAAGUGUAUUAAAAAAUGGUGUUAUAUAUUACAUAUCUAAGCAAUUAGUUGCAUCUUAGUAUUUCUAUUGCUAUGUCUUUCUAUUAAUAAUAAUAGUUUAAUUUUGCAUGAAAUUGCCUUAAGAUCAUUGUGCCUGAAUUUUCUAUAUCCCUUUCUUAAAGUCAAACUAUAAAAAAUAGUCGAACUGUCCCAUUUAUUUAUUUUGUGAAUGGAAAAAUAGUCUUUAAUUUUAAAAAUAGUAAUUCAACCUAUCAUCAAUGGUAAUACAAGUUAGUGGUACUUGAAAGCAUUCUAUGUGAAUAAAUAACCUUAUGAUUUAGGGAAAAAAAAUUGCAUUUAAUGUAAAAAUUUAAAUAAAGGAAGCUAUGAAAUUGAAUAUUGAAUAAUGGAGUUUCAAACAAAAUUGUUUUAAUGUAUAAGGUUUUUUAAAAUAAAAAAUCUUAUUCGGGACCAUUUAUCAUGACAUAAUAAUUAUACAAACUUCAUUUCUGUGUACAGAAUAUACUUGAAUUGCCAUUGACUAUUCCUUAGUCUUUCUUGAAGCAUUCGUGCAAUAUUGCUGUAAGCUUAUGAAAUUGAAUUCCCCGGGUAUAUCUGCAAAUUGUGCCUUGUUCUGAAUAUCACAGUACUGUAAUGGGUGUGUUUUCAGCAUUAAAGUUUGUAAAUCGUUGUAUAUUUUAAUAAUAACCACCUGCCUAUACAAAUUUCACUUAGUAUUUUGUAAAAUGUGGGUCCAAAGAAUAAUGUAUCAGAAAAGAAUGAUCUGGGAAAUGUGUUGGUGUAUAUAAUUUAUUUUGUACUUGCAUGCUAUGGAGAUGCUUGUUUUAAAAACCAUAUUUUUGAAUUUCAGAUUACUGGCUGGAAAAUUGUUGUUUCUCUCCAUUUUAAAAUAAAUUUUAAAUUUUUCAUAACUGUUAAUAUUUUAUUUUUGAUGCAGUAAUCUAAGUGGAAUAAUAUUAUUUUAAUUUAUUUCAUUAUUUUUAAUUUUUAUUUUAUCUAAUUUUUGCUCAGCAAACAAAUUUUAAAUUAAAUACAAAUUCUUUUCCUAAACUUAGUAAAUACAAUUUUCUUGAAGAAUUUAUCACCAUAUUUUUGAAUUAUUUAUUCUUUGUUGUUUUUAAAAUCUAUUGAAAAGCAAAUUGAAAGUAAAUUAUUUGUUAUAUAUUUUUUUGCCCCAAUUUAUCAAGAUAAGUAGUUAAAUGAGUCUUCCGAAAUUCCUAAUAUUUGUUAUGAGAAUUCUUGUUGUAAAGUUUUUUUUUGUUAGGUUCAUGAUUUAAUGGAAGUAUAAAUGCAAGGGAAAAAAAAUAAUCUAUUUUUGUAUAAAAGCUCAUAAUAAUGUACUAAAAUUUUUCUUUUUAAUAUAAUUUCAACAGUAGUUAACUCUUUUAACCUUCAUUUGUGUUUAGUGGAAUAUUUUCGUUAUCCAUAAAAAUGUUUUACGGUAUUUUGUCACUAUUUGGAUUUUUAUUUAUUUUUUGUUUCAGUCAAUUUUUUUCACAAUCUAUUUAUUUAAAGAAAUUUUUGAUCGUUUUAGGAACAUAUUAUUAUUAUUAUUAUUUUUUCUGGACUCUGAUCGCAUGAACUGUUUCAAUGAAUCCAUUACUAAAUGGUUUCUGUUACACUUGUAUGAAGAAGUAAUCCACACCCUUUGAACUUUGGAAGCGACAUUGUAAUUUUUGUGUAUUCUGUAUAGUGUUCAAUGUAUUUUGAAGUCAUGUAGAAUAAUAUAUACAUAUUAAUAUAUAUAUUUAUAAAUCAUUCCAAUGCGCAUAAAGAGAAUUUUCUAUGAGUGAAUAUUAUAUAUCUGCAUGUAUAUAUUCAGGCAAUAAUAAAUACUAUUUGUAAGUGUUAUACACACUUUGCAGAAAGAACUUGUGUACUUUUGUUAGUCAAUAUUUUGAAGUGUGAUGCUGAGGAAACUCAACUGCCUUCUUGUUAAGAAAGAAUUUAUGACGCUGAUGUUGACUGUGAACGAGUUCUUUUCACUCCGGAAUUAUAAUAAAAUAAAUAAAUAAAUCUUUAUGAUUUGUUAAAA